CUCCGAUCGUCGUUUGUUGGAGGCGAAAGAGCGAAAGUUGCCUUGGUCGCCUUCGAUUGCAGUGACGAAGAACAGAAGAAAAAUCAUUCAGUGCAAGAUAUGCGGCGUUGAGAGUGAAGUGAGAAUUCGUUUUGCUCAGAGUGACACUGUGUUGUGCUUCGAACGGCUCUGCAGGGCCGGAUUUAGACCUUUCUCGUUCUUGGAGAUAUCAGCGGGCGAUAUGGCGGGCAAAAUUUUCAUUCUCCUCCUCUCGUUUCUGGCCACAACGCAAUCUCUUCCCACCGGAAACUCAGAAAUCAUAACAGAACCAAAACCAGGACAAGAAUAUGUCUUCGUUCAGACUUCCUCAGUCAAUGCUCGACCAAUCACCAGGAAAGAAAAGGCAACCGAAGAAGAAGAAAGGCAUUUCGAAACUGCCCACAAAUUUCCCCCCUCUCUCACAUACGCCCUAGAGGAUGAUGAUGACGGGAGUGCAGUCAAGCCAACAAAAGGCGGGAAAAAGGUCCACAAGAGAGACGCUCCUGCUCCUCCAGGCGCAACAAAAAUUGAUGUCAAGGCACUCUUAGCCAAAUAUCAAAUUUCCACUUCAGCACCAAAAACACAAUCCACCUCAACACAAGCCACUACCACAAAGUCAAGCAGAAAACGAGGAGGUAAACGUCGAGUGAAAAAAGAAGCAUUAUCUGAAUCAUUCGAAGUGACCAGCCCAAGAUCUGUUUUAACGACUGGCAAGUCAGUUCCGAAGGUUAUAGAAUCAGAUGACAUUCCUCUGGUUGGAGCUGCCAGUGAGAAGCAAAGAUCCCGAAUUCAAAUUAAGAAAGGCCCAAAUGGACAAGAGUACGAAUAUGAGUAUGUGUACUACUAUUAUGAUGAUGAGGAUGAUCCCAAAGACAAAAAGGUCACCAAUUCUCAUGAUGGUCCAGCACGGAAUCAAAUUCCUUCACGUAGUGACCUACCCAGAGAAAAACCUAUUCCUGAGGUCAAUGAAGUUCUACCACUACGUGGAAAUAAGAUAAGAGGGCGCCAGCUGGGUGAAGAUGACUCUGUUGUUGAUGAUCGUUUACCCGCAGCCACUAGAUUUCCCCCAAGAAGCCGCAACUUGAAUACUUCACCUCAACCAGAGGAAGAUUUCCAGUCAACUAGAGGUCGAAGCAGAGGAAGGCAAACUACCGAAGCUGCUUCCUACGUGAGUGAAGCCGACAAUGUAUCAGAUGAAACCCAGGGAUCAAGAGGAAGAACUCGCGCCAAUAUUCGAAGACCAUCCUUAGAUUUAGUGGACAGCGAUUCUUUCAAUAACCAUGGAAAUAGUCAAGCAAAGCCCUCUUUUCCUCAAGAAUUGCCUGAAGGCCCGGUACGUUUCUUAGGAGCCAUACCCAACGAGCGCAUCGAACUCGUCCCAGACGUGAAAGAGGAACCCAUAGAACCAGUUUACAAAUCUAGUGAAGAAUCACCUAUUCCGCCCAGAUCGGAUAUUCCCGAAAAUGAAAACGUAGGCACCACUGUUUCUUCGUCAGAAGAUGCUACCACAGCCAUGUCUCCCAUGGACAAAGUAGCUUUAGAUUUGUACGCAAUUUCCCAAGGAACGCAGAAAUUAUUCGGAGAAGAAGCUGUUGAAGAUAGUGAGAUCAGUACUGAAAGUGAAAAUAAGGCAACAGAUCUGACUGACUCCACGACAGAGGAAUCUUCCACAGUGCCAGAAACAACACCAACGACUACAACAACUACUACAACUACUACAACCACAACUACAACAACUACAACCACUCCACCUCCACCUCCCUCAACAGAGCCUCCCCAGAGUGGUAGGGGUAAAUUCGGAUCUGGCAGACGAGGUUUGAAUGGAAGAAAAACCACAUCCCAAACAACAACAACUGAAGCUGCCCCAGAGCAACCUAAGAAAGGCAAGUUUGGAAGACCAAGUUUCGGUGGUAGGACGAGAGGCAGGACUACUGCUGCCCCAGCCAUCGAGGAAGAAUCCCACAAAGAAGAAACGAAACCUGUCAGUCAGUCAAAGCCUUCCCGUUCGCGAUUUGGAGGCUCUAGACCUCGCGGUCGUACAACAGCAGCUCCUGAAGAGCCCAGAGAAGAUUCUAGUCCAACUUCUGCACCGUCCCAUAGAGCAUCACUACCUAGAUCACGGCCUUCUUUCAAUGUGCGACCAAGAGGACGUACAACAGCAGCACCGUCUACCGAACAGGAAGAUUCUAGUGAGGAAUCAGCAUCAACAGCUGAAGCCAGUACUACAGUUAGAUCUAGAAGAAUCAAUGCUGGUUCUGCAGUAAGGCCAUUGAGACCAGGUGCAAGAAUUAACAUAGGUGGUAGGGGAAGAGGGGCCACUACUACCACUACAGAAGCUCCAGCUGAAGAUCACGUUACAGGCGAUGAUGAACCGGAGACUCAUGAACAAGAAGCUAGCGAGAAGGAAGAAACUCCAGCGCCCCUAGACAAUAGUCCUUUAGGGCGUCUCCGUAACAAAAAUCGUCUAAAUAUCCAAGCUCGUCCAAAAGCUGCUGCCAGUUCACCAGUUCAUGUUCGACGAGUCAACCCUUUGAUAGGACGUAAACGCCCUGGACACACCACCGAAGCACCAUCUAGUGAAGCUCCGCAAGAAUCCUCAACGGAGGAAGCUGAAACCCCUGACGAAGCAGAAACCGAAUCUGCCGCCCCGGUUUCAUCCACCACCACCGAAGAACCAAGAGGACUGAACAAAUUGUUAGCUGGUAGAAGAAGAUUGGGAGCAAGAACUCCUGGAACGUUAGGAAACAAGGCGUAAAAAUAUCACAGACUGGUUUUAAAUGAAAGAAUGCAUUAUUUGUGUGAAGUGAAUGUGCUUAGGAACAUUUAAAUUUUGUGAUUAUUAAUUAUCAAUCUCAUCGCACGACUUUGAAAUGAAUAUUGUCCUAAACCAUUACAAAAUAAACAACUGAUGACAGAGACAAUUAAAAUGAGGCACAAACCCUUCAAGGAUUAUGCUUUCAAUUUUUUUAAGCGUUUUCAAAGUUAUUUGUACGAAUAGUUAAUCAAAAAUACUUUUCAACAGCAGGCCCUCAAGAGAAAGAGAUCCAAAAUAAAUAAACUUUGAAGUUAAAAUAUUAUUAGAGCUUUUGAAAAAUCUCAUUAGAUACGUUUUUGUAAAUAUCCACCUUUGUUUCCUGGACAUAGUUUUAUACUUACCAAUUCAUAUCUCAAAAAUAUUUAAAAUCAUUGGCAACUGGACACAGUGGAAAGUGUAAAAAUACUCUCAGGAGUAAUUAUUAUUGCUUUUGUUAGAUAUCAGUUUGGUUAGAUAUUUUUUUAUAUUUUUAAUCUUGGAGGAACAUGAGUUACAUUUUAAGAAAUGAAAUAUGCAGGCCUACCAUGUGCCAAUACCUAUUUUUUUUAAGAUACUAGUUUUAUAAUUUAUUCAAUGUCUACAACUUUCUUUCCAGUUUUGUACAUAAUAAAUGAAGAUGAAAAAUAAAGCAUAUUGAAUUUUAAAACGUG